CGGCCGUUAAGAAAGCGGUUGUGUGCCAAACAUUGGAACGUUGGUGGAAUCGACGAUCAUAUGCACGAACUUUUAACAAAAUAGUGUGAUUUGUGUGUUUUAGCACUGCAUUAAAUCCAUCUACCAAGCUCAACCCAAAGUGUUAAUGAUAUUUAUUGUGAAUGCAGAUAUUCGGAAGCAAUCGUGACGUUGUUUAUUGCUUCGAAGAUCAACUGUGAAUGCAAACUUCGAUAACUUUCAGUGUUCUUCAAUUUGUACAUAAUACGUUUGAAAUUAAGUUAUUUUGUGCUUGUGUCCGACAAAAGUGCAACGACGAAUGUACUUAAUCAAGUCGAAUUUUUAGUAAAAGUUAGAAAAAAGAUAUCGUCACGAUGUCAAGUCCAAAGAGCAUUGGUAGUACUGCUCGUGAAGGGACCCGAGUAGUACUUCGUGAAAUUACUGCAUCCCUACAUAAUUCGUCUCCGGUACCUCUCCGUUUCAAGAGCGGCAACGACAGUCCAACAGCGAAAACAGCGGAGCAUGAGGUGAAGGUUCGAUUCGCCCGCGAAUUCGCCGAUGUUGGAUCGAUCACUUACCCGACACCGGACAGCCUCUCCUCGGCCGGUAGUUUCCAGAGUCUGAACAGCAGUUUAAGCGCCAAGAGCAGCAACAGCGUGAACAGUCCAGACUCCUUGCCUUAUAGUCCUAGCCAGACUGUGGACAGUUCCUACGUGAACCCUAAUAUAUCAGGCUUGGACGAUUUGAUCCUCGGUUGCGCCGACAUACACCUGAACAACAGCGAAGAGGAUCAGAGUUCCCAGGAUCUCAGCCAGGAUCAGACGUUCGCCUCGGCCACCGAUGAUCUACAGAUCGAUCGUUCCAGCGAGUUCUCUCUGACGGACUCUCAGAACGGUACAGAAAUCAUAGAGAACGAAUCGACUACGCGAGAGUCCACGCGUUUAUCGUUCAAUCGUACACAAGACAUUCAAGACCGGCCGAUUUUGUUGGGCACUGUUUGCAUUAGGCAACCGUUGCCCGUUGCUCUGAUCACGAACAACAGGUACAACAGAAUCUUGAAGCCAGAGGAAUCGAUCGACGAGUCGAUUUCACCCGACAAAAGUAACGAUGAUUCAUCUGGUUCCCGAGAAACCGGUGGUAGCCCGGUGAACAACGUCGACGAGGUUUCACUGCCACGUCCCAGUCCGGAGGAUCCUAAUUUAAAUUUAACGACGUGCUUGGCCCUCAGUGAAGAGAUCUCGGAUAUCUGCAAACAAGAUCCACGUAUCACGUUAGAGUCUACUUCGGUGGAGGCGAAUCCUUUGAACGUACCUAAUUGUCCUUUAAAUUCAGCACCGUUCGAAUCCUCGUCGUUAACAGAGCACGAAGAAUUCUCGUUACCUGGUAUAUCGACGUUAGCGGAACAUGUGGAAGGCUUGUCGUUGCCUAGUAUCCCGACGUUAUCUUCUUUCACAGUAACAGACUCUUCAGGAUCGAGCGGGAACGAUUCUCACGAGGAUAAGGACAAUGCGAAGAACCUAUUGGCUAAGUCUUCGUCUCCUGUCAGUGGUAGCGUUGCGGUAACCGCAUCUCCGCAAGAUGCACUGAAAGAAAGUCCUAUUAGCGAGGUACAGAAUAAAAGUUUGGAAGAAGCGAUAUCACCUGGUCCCUAUGAUGCUGGAAACGGUGGAGAAAGUUGCGCGGAUAACUUGAACGACACUCCAGUCUCGAGACCAAAAACGCCUGAAGUUCAACAGAAUUCGGAGGUGACGAACGUUCACAGUGAAGUUGAAAGUAAUAAUAUCGCUGUUAAGAAGGUCGAGCUUUCUACGCCACAGGAAGCUAGCCUAGAGGCAAAUGUUUCUCCUUCUAAAAAGGAAGAGAUAGAGGAUGAUAAGUUAAAUGAAUCUUCUGACACCGAAACAAUAGAGUGUUCUGAGAAGGUAGGCUCGGUAAAUUUGAGCGUUGAAGAGAAACAGAAAGAGAACGAGGAAGAAUUUUGCGAAGAAAAGUUGGACAGAACGCUUACCUUGCAAGAUAUAUCCUUCAAUGCAGAAGCUGUGCCAGACUUGGAACAGUAUACGGAAUUCAAACCGCAACGGCAGAGUACUUCGUUAGACACGUUAUGUAUUGAGCAACCAAAUUUCGAGGACUUGAAGUCUGCGGCUGAACAGGUUGCCAAUGAUAUUUUUAAGUCAUCGUUGGAAUUCUCAAACGAAACUGAUCAUUUUGUCAGCGCGACAUCCGAUUUGUUCCAGGAUCCAAAGAGCUUCGAUUUUUUGAUAGCUCACGGAAAUUCGAAAAAGAAUACCAUAAAUCGUUUGAGAGCGGAAUCUUUAUAUGUGAAAUUUGAUCCAUUGGUAUCGGAUACCAGCAUGUUACCCCAAGGAAAUACUCAGCCUAUAAACGAGGAACAAAAUGGCAAAAACGAGAAUUCAUCGACGAAUAUUAGCACUCCAAAAUGUAAUCCUGCCAUAGCUGCCAUCGAUAGGCUACUUUAUUUUAGUCCUAUCGCUACACGUAAUGUUCAAAAGAUGGAAGAACCACGAGAAAAGAUUGAACAGCCUACAGAGGAACCAAAAUCAGAUAUUCCACUUAUUACUGAUAUUAAUAUGAGUAAAGAAUUAGAAUUAGUAAAAUCAACUGUAUUACAAUUAGAGGAAGAAUUGGAGAAACAAAAGAAGGAACAUGAAGCGGAGUUAGAGAGGCAAAAGAACUCUUUCCAGGAAAAGAUUAAUAAAUUACAAGCACAAUUAGCGCAGGAAGUAAAAAGUAAAUCUCAGAUGACGGUCGUAGUCGAAGAAUAUGAAAAAUCGAUUAGUCGGCUGUUCACAGAAAAAGAAAGGGAUCGUACGAAUUUCGAACAGGAAAAGGCGAAAAUUCAAGAGGAAUUACAAGCCACUAACGUCCAUUUGACCAAUACAGAGGCUGCAUUCAACGACGUUCAUCAGAAAUAUGAAAGACUGAAGGGAGUCGUAUCCGCGUACAAAAGUAACGAAACAGUACUGAAGGAAAGUAUUGAGGAAAAUAUGGAAACUAUAAAAGGUUUAGAAACCCGAUACGACCAGUUGAAGAAUCAUGCUAUGACUCAACUUGAAAAAGCCAACUUUGAAUUGGAUGCUAUACGAAAACAGCACGAGGAUGAAACGGUAAAACUUCAUGCAAUGGUGAGGAAAGCUGAGCUUAAGAGCAAUUCUCUGGCUGAAUUAGUUGAACAAAAGACUAAAGAAAAUAAGGAACUGACGCAAAUAUUAGACGAAGUAAUUGCCAGGGUGGGCCAUCAAAAUGCGGAAUAACAAACGAAGAAAGAUGAACGCGUAUCGCGCGUACAACA